CACCCUGCACCAAUGAUAUUAGUGAAUCUUGUAGAAAGCAGGAGUCAUCUGGAUGUCUCGUCGAUUUACUUUCAAUGAAUCUACAUACCAUUGGAGAACAAAGCCCCCGAGGACUUGUACGCAAUGCCACAAGAGGUUUAAUGAUCUCAUUCAGAAAGCCAAGAUUGUAUUUGUGAAAGCUGAAAAUGGAAUAUGCAAAGAAAUCUCUCAACUUCUUAUCUCCCAGUUCCAUCUCUAGGUGUGUUUCAGCUAGUGCAUCAGCAACAUCACAACUGUUAAACAGUACUCCACAGCAAAGACCAUACCGGGUGUGCAACUGGGAUCGGAGCCUUAAGAAGGGCAUCAUGGCUGCAGGUCUUCGUGAUUUAAUGGAUAAGGUACAAGAAUCGUUACAUACAACAUCCAGUGUGUCUCUGCUACUGGAAGAGGAUGGGACAUGCAUUGAGACAGAAGAAUUCUUUCAGACAGUACUUGAUAAUACACUGCUCAUGGUGCUUGAGAAAGGACAGAAAUGGACACCAUUGGAGAACAGUGGUUUUCAUCUUGGAUUCACUGAUAAAUUACGCAGAAGAAAAGAUGUUGCCAGAAUAACCUUUGACCUCUAUAAAGAAAAUCCUCAGGAUUUUAUCGGCUGUCUGAGUGUGAAAGCGACACUGUAUGGAUCAUACUCUGUAUCAUAUGAUGUCCAAUGUGUAGGAGCCAAAAAAAUAAUGAGGGAAGCCUUGCGUUUGACAAUGUUCACAAUGCAAGCUACAGGUCAUGUGCUCCUUGGAACUUCAUACUAUAUGCAGCACCUGCUGGAUGAGGAUGAGAAACGGGCAGCAGUCAAACCUUUCUGGGCACUCGAAUGAACUGUUUGCCCUCCUACUUUUUUCUUCUUGCCAAUGAACUUUAACCAGAGAGCUCUUUUUUUGCUACAGUUUUGUAGCAUCAGCAUGAAAUUGCCCUGCAAGUAUGUCACUGCAAUGUGUUUCAUGGUCAAUUUGUUCAAGAGUGUAUAAUCAGACCAUCUGGAUUGAUGGUAUGAAGUAAAAAGUGUUAAUUACAUGCA